UCAGGUUUUAGCGUUGCCCAAGAUGUGGUUUAACAUGACAACAUUGGAUAUGAACAUGUUUGCCAUGGCCGACGAUGUAUACAACUUGAUGGAGAUCUUCGAUGAGGCGUCCAGCUUUGAGGGCAGGAUAAUCAAACGCAUAGAGAAUGUGCUCGUCAUCUGUGAUAUUCUGGUUUCCGUGCUGGUGGCCACCAUAGUGGGUCGCUAUCUGUUUCACAGUUGCUUCAAAAAAUUGCAUCGGUCUGUCAAACGGACCUCGUAUCUUCCAAAAUUCAUCGCCCAAAUAAAGCAAUUCAAUCAAGAGAUGGGUGUUCAAGGAAGCAGCGUAAAAAGCUUGGACUCUAUUCAACCAAUCAGCCAAAUGAAGCCAAUUAUACAGAAGAUGAGUGUUCGAGGCAGCAAGGCAAAGAUCUCGAAAACCGAUGUGGAAAAGGACCACUGCGUGCAAAAACCAAAGAAUGGCCAGGACCAAACUGUACAAGCGAUAAUUACAGAAAGAUCCUCGAUUGAAGGCAUUGAUGAUGGGGACGAGGUCACCAUGAAGGCAUCGGAAAGGGAAAACUUCUCAGUCAAACUGAUGGGAACGCAAGAGUGGGCUGCCAAUUAUUUGGCCACAGGCGGACGGACCACGCCAUAGCCUUCGAUGCUUCUAAGACGCUCAACUUCCCUAAGUCUUUUAUUAAGUGAAUUACGUUCUACCAACCCCCAAUGGGUCUGCGGUUAGUGAUUCAAUUCGGAUGCUCAAAACGAAUUCAAUUCCAUAUUAACUUACCUAAUUAUACCCGAACCAAGUUUUAUCAUAACUUAUAAGAAAUACAAUAUUAGCACUAAAAAAUGA